AUGGACUCCCUCAUCCCAUUCACCACCUCUGGAUCGCUCGUGGAUUGCGUCGAUAGGAAGAUGCUCGUGCUCCUACGAGACGGUCGGAAGCUGCAAGGCGUCCUCCGGUCCUAUGAUCAAUUCGCUAACCUCGUACUGGAGGACACGGUGGAACGCAUAUACCACCAAGACGUCUUCGCGGAAAUGUGGCGCGGCCUGUUCCUCAUACGAGGCGAGAACGUCGUGCUGCUAGGAGAGAUCGACCUUGACCAAGAAGACGAAGUGCCCCUGCGUCAGGUAGAAUGGAGCGUUCUGGAGGCGUAUCACAAGCAAGACAUCGCGGACAAGAAAGUACGAGAAGAGGCGAAGUCCCAAAUCCUCUACGAGCAGAAGGGCUUCUGCAAAGAGGGCGGAGAGGGCGACGGGUACUGA